AUGCAGCAUCCGAGGGGAGUCGCGGGCCUCACGCCGGGGGGCGUUUCGGUGUGGACGCGCGAUGCGAUCGUCCGCCUGCCCCCGGACGAGUAUCGCGCGAUAUCCGCGCUCAUCGACGAGGCGGGCGCCAGAUCCGCGCGCGCGCAGGGCCUCCCGGCGCCCAUCACGUCCACGGACCGGCUGCUCGAGGAUCAGCGUCUGUACCUCGCGUGCUCCGACGCCACGCGCCCGCGCGGCGGCCCGUCCGUCCUCGUCGGCAUCCUCAAGGUUGGGCCCAAAAGGCUCUUCGUCGCCAAGCCGAGCGGCGGGAUGGAGGAGAUGGAACCCUGCUGCGUCCUCGACUUUUACGUGCACGAAUCGUCGCAGAGGGGCGGCUGGGGCUCGCUGCUGUUCGACGCGUUCCUUCAGCGCGAGGACCGGCACCCCGCGCGGCUGGCGUACGACAGGCCGUCGCCCAAGCUCGUGGCGUUCAUGGCCAAGCACCACAACCUCCGAGCCUUCGCCAAGCAGAAUAACAAUUUCGUCGUCUUCGACGAGUACUGGUCCGAGGAG